AUGCCGCCUAUGGGACCACGCGCCACGUAUUUCCUCCCUGCAAACUUCGAUUUCCCCCCUCCACCAGAUGGGCCGGUUAAACUAGGACAGUUAAUUUCUGAGCCGGAGAAUCCAGGCCGGCCCGUGAAUCCAAAAGGGCCGGUCUCAUUUGAAGGGUAUGAAGGGAUGAAAAUGUACACCAAUUCGACCGAAUUUUCACUCCGCAACCACGGCGAAAGCACAGCUGAAGCUGGCCUCUUUCUGCGCGCUUUGGAGCUUACCAGCGCGAAACUAGGUGCCGGCCUCUCAAGGGGGAUGGCCUCGUAUAUCUUGAAUGAUAUCAAAAAGCUGGACGUCGAGUUCAUCGAGCCAACAAACGAUUAUGUCAAGGCUAGCAUGGAAGUUCCCGAGGUGAAAAAUGCUUUGAAAGGUUGGGGCUUAAAAAGAAAGCGGGCGUUCAUGGUGACGGGGAUCAAGAUUGCGCAUCCGGGCGCAAAGUUGGAGAGGCAAAAUGGUUUUAACUCAACCUUUGCAGUUGAGGGCGGAGCCUCUGGGCUUCAAGGGAUAGUGAAUGCAGAGGGCCAUGCCAGCCUUCAAGAAUCGGCCCAACAGAUGUUAAAGUUGAUCCCUAGGAAACCGUUCGUUUACGCAUAUCGUCUCCAAGAGUGCUAUUAUAGGCUUAAAAGCCUUCGUCAUAAAGAAUUCACUGACGGGGCUCUCUGUGGUGUCGGGGCCGAAGACAAGCAAGAUGGUAGUGAAACUCCCGAGGACACGGAAGAGGACGUUGACAUUGAGUUCGACUAUAUUGAUGAAGAUGAUGUGUGCGAGUGGGAGGCUGAAGACGGAUACGAGUAUGAGAUCAACACCUUGGUGGAUGAGCAAGAUGGUUCGCCUUGCGAUAUUAUCGUGCCUGUUUCAAAAUAG